AUGUCGUCCUCCCAUAAGGGCUCCGAGCAGACACAUGUCGUGACAAGUUACCAAUCCAAAAUCGAGAAGUCCCAUGUCAAGAGAAAUGUUCUCGCUCCGAUACAGCCGCGUGCCCACCAUUCGCCUACCGCGUCCGUCAGGCGGAACAACGGCCUCCCUACAGGCUCGUCGCCGCGGCUCCCACAUCAUGAGUCUUUCAAACCCGAAGGAAACUUGUCGGUUGGAGAGAAGGUCAUUAGUGAAGUCUCUGUGACUGAGAAUAAGCGCUCGUCUAUGAUGGCUAGUGAGGUUGUUGCCGGAUCCCAGCGAGAUUUGCCAGUGGCUACAGCUUCCACGGUCUCGGCCUCCGGGAAAGGCCAAAGAAAAUCUCAUGUGGGGCCGUGGCAGCUGGGAAAGACCCUGGGUAAAGGAGCAACGGGAAGGGUACGUCUAGCAAAACAUGCAAUAACUGGUCAGACUGCGGCGGUAAAGAUCGUCUCCAAGAAGUCAGCUGCAUUGGUUCAGAGUGCAAGCAUGGCACGUAUGGACAAGGAAGACGCCAACACAAUGAUUGCUGCAGGUCCACGAACAAUGCCAUUUGGUAUUGAGCGUGAAGUUGUCAUCAUGAAAUUGAUUGAACAUCCCAACAUAAUCAAUCUCUAUGAUAUCUGGGAGAAUCGUGGCGAACUCUACUUGGUGCUCGAGUAUGUCUCCGGUGGUGAGCUUUUUGACUAUGUCUCAGGCAAUGGAGCCCUCCCCGAAGAAGAAGCCGUGAGACUGUUUCGUCAGAUCAUCGCAGGGUUGUCUUACUGCCACCGCUUCAACAUCUGUCAUCGGGAUCUGAAGCCUGAGAAUAUCCUGCUGGACAGCCAUCGAAAUGUCAAACUGGCCGACUUCGGCAUGGCUGCUCUACAACCCGAUGGGACAUGGCUGAACACCUCAUGUGGAAGUCCACACUAUGCAGCGCCCGAAAUCAUCCAGGGACAACAAUACCGAGGUGACAAAGCGGACAUUUGGAGUACCGGGAUUAUUCUAUUCGCCAUGCUCAAUGGGUUUCUACCAUUUGAUGGGGGAACAUUACCAAAUACCUUACGUCUAGUCAAGAAGGGAGAGUAUUACCUACCUCCGAGCUUGAGCGCCGAAGCUGCCGAUCUCAUUCAGCGAAUUCUUCAGAAACGGCCAGAAAAUAGAGUCACUAUGGAGCAGAUCUGGUCUCACCCGCUUAUUCGCAAGUACGAAAAGUACCACGCAAGCUUAGUGUCUCCUGAGCCUGUGAUCGGAGCUGCUCCUCCGGCCAGUGUUGAAGCCCAGGCUAAACGAAUCGCUGCACGCUCCGAUAUUGACGUUGAGAUCCUUCGGAAUCUCUCUACCCUGUGGCAUAGUGAGAGGGUCGAAGAAUUGAUCAGAAGACUAAUGAGUGAGGAGCAAAACCAUGUGAAACUUUUCUACUGGGCAUUGAUCAAGUUCAGAGAAGACCAGCUUGAAAAUUACCCCGGAGACCCUCUCCGUUACUCUGCCAGCGAUUACCAUCAUGCUAGGAAACUGACUUCAAAGCCUAAACGUGCGACGAAUGGCCGAGUUCAUGGUUGCCCGCCCUCUCAGUUCUCCAUUGUAAGUGGUGAUAACAGUAAACGAGACGGUUACUACAAGAAUCCAGGCACUGCCGGGAGUAAGGCGGCCCAGAGCAGUUAUGACCCAUAUCGCGCUUCCCGGACACUCAUCGCAGAAGACGGCCACGAUCCUGCUACCGUUAUCGUUCGUCAAUGCUUGAAUGCUUCUGGUGGCGGCCACGUUGUCAGCUCUGGGAGCAGCGUCAAGCACCGGGCCUUGGAUCGAGUCGAGGAAAAGGGCCCGGCCCUCCCUCGCUUUACUUCGGAAGAUCUUGAGAAGCUUAUCCAGAAAGAACGUGUCCUGUAUUCGACUGCAACCUCGAAGAGCUCUCUUUCGAGUACCAGAAGACAUCCGAGGAUCAGAAAAUCCUUGAGCUACAAGCGGCAAGUAAGUUUCACUCACCGACGACAAAAUUCCGGAAACACAAAUGUCAAUUCUCGGAUGAUUUCCGGUGAGAGUGGUUCUACCGAUCGGUCACAAACUCGCAGCAAAAUCAAUCCAAGAUCGGAAAUUCAGAGGACCCCGAGCUUGCCAACGCCUUCACAGGCCCACCGGCCACAGAAAUCCAGCUCAGAGAUUGAUGUGAAGAAACGUCGAGUGGCCAGCUUCUAUUGGAAGGACGAAACUCGGAAGGUCAGCACCGAAUUAGGCAAGAUUUGUGAAGAGGCAUUCAAUGGGCCAUCUGUAUCUACGGGGAGUGGAAUCCGUCCAACCCCUCCGUUAGAUUCGUCCGCAACUUCAGUUUCGACGCACAAUCAUAAGGUACCUGAAAGUAUUCGCGAUCGACCUCUUCCAGCAACCCCGGUUCUUCGGGAAUUGAUUGAACGCCGACAGAAGAUCAUCGACACAUGGGGCGACGCUGACCAGACCGUUCUUGUUGACAUGUUGGCUGCCGUGGAUAAACGAAUUGACGCCGAGUUCGAGGAACAGAAGGGCUAUGACCAGCGUGCAGCUUCUGACCCUACUCACGGUACGGUAAAUUUGAGAUAUUACCGUGCCACAUCGCCUGCGAACGCUGUGGAAGACCUUAAGCGGAAUCAGGACGAGGACUUGCGGGCAGCUUCUGAUCCCGUCAAACUAAAGACACGUCGGCCCAGUGAGGAAACCACGGUUCGCCUUGUCACUCCUGAUCCAACUUCCCCCUCGGCCCGAAUUGAGCCCCUCAAGAUUCGCAAGAACAAGGUCAUGCCAAUCGACUCGUUCAGGGGCGAUCCAAUUGACGCAUCAAGGAUUCAAUACGAGCGUUGUGGGUAUAUUCAGCGGCUUCAUGACCGAGGAGGUCUUGGCACUAUUGAAGAGAACCCUAGAUUCCCAAAGAAGAGGCCUCUCGCUUCAUCGUCUGCUGCUGUUCGGAAAUGGCCCUGGCUUGGAAACCGUGGAUCAGAGCCGCGUGACUCACUAGAAGAGUUUUAUUCUGCAGAAGAUGUUUUAGAAGAUGCUGAUCCAAAUGGAUCUCAGAUCGUUCAACCUAGUGAAUCUACACAUUCCUCGGCGUUUUCGGGAACUGUGAGUCGUGACCCUGAUUCAGGAGAUGUCGAAUUGAAUGUGGAAAAGAAGAGAAAAUGGUUCCAAAAGAUGUUUGGUAAAUCAUCCAAAAGCACGGAAACAUCCGCAGUGGCUUCGAUUGAGCACUGUAUUGUACGGGAUUUAUCAGAUGAGACCAGCUCCAACAGCCCAGGCCGCAAGGAGGGAGUCCUUUCCAGUCCAAAAUCCAGAAUGGCGGCACAAAAAGAUUAUCCUCGAGCUACCAAAGUCGAUGCUGCAGCUCCGGGUCCCAUCGAAACUUGUCAAAAUUGGUUCGCCAAAUUCUUCCGCAUCAAGCCGGCCAGUCGAGUGGUUUGCCUUCAAAUUCGCAAAGGAAAGGCAAGAAAAGAAUUGCUCAAGUGCUUGAGAGAUUGGCGAAAAUAUGGAUUGAAAGAUGUAGUUGCUGAGCGAAGAGAUGGUGGCGAUGUGGUUCGAGGGCGUGUCGAUGCAUCUAAUUAUUUGCAACUCAAACCGGUUCAUUUCCACGCAUGUCUCUAUUCGGUUCUUGAACACGGCCGAAUGGCCAAUUUGAGCGUUAUGAAAUUCACACAGGAAAAGGGAGCCGCCAGCAGCUUUUACAAAGUGGUGGAUACUUUGGAAACCGUGUUCAAAGAAAGAAGUCUGCUUGUGGAUGAUGUUGCCAGGAAGAAACGUAUCGAGAGAAGUCUCAAAGAUGCGGGCUUGUGA